AUACAUACUCACAUUUAUCUGUAUCUAUAUAUAUAUAUACACACACACACAGUCGGAGUAUUUAGUUAUUCACCGAACGACCGUUUUCUAUCCGUCUCUUUCUCUACCCCACCAGAAUUAAUUCACUUUGCCGUUAGGAGUUGAAUGCAUUUAUUGCCGUUCGAUCAACCUCGUGAUUAGUGCCAGUACUUUUUCGAGUGUGCGAGAACUUGCUGAUAGCCGAUUGAUUGAUUGAUUGUUCGAUCAUCGAAAGUUUGCGAUGUCGGGAGCCUCGGAGAGAUUUGCUAUGCCUUGUUUUGAAGGGUCAUCUGGUAAUGAUGAGAGAAGAGAAAGGAAGUCUGAUUUUGAGAAUUCAGAGGAUGAAAGAAGGACUAGAAUCGGUAGUUUGAAAAAGAAAGCUUUGAAUGCAUCGACGAAGUUCAAGCAUUCCCUGAAGAAGAAGAGCAAUAGAAGAAAGAGUGAUGGUCGGGUUAGUUCAGUUUCAAUUGAAGAUAUCCGGGAUGCCGAGGAACUACAAGCUGUUGAGUCAUUCCGACAAGCCUUGAUAUUGGAGGAGCUGCUACCCGAAAAGUUAGAUGAUUACCAUGUGAUGUUGAGGUUUCUAAAAGCAAGAAAAUUUGACAUUGAAAAGGCAAAGCUCAUGUGGUCUGAUAUGGUUCAGUGGAGGAGAGAAUUUGGUACUGACACAAUUAUGGAGGAUUUCGAAUUCAAAGAGUUGACUGAAGUUUUGAAGUAUUACCCCCAAGGCUAUCACGGAGUUGAUAAAGAGGGAAGGCCUGUAUACAUAGAGAGACUAGGGACAGUUGACCCAAACAAACUUAUGCAAGUUACAACCAUGGACCGUUACAUAAAGUACCAUGUGAGAGAGUUUGAGAAAGCUUUUGCAAUUAAGUUUCCUGCCUGUACUAUUGCCGCAAAAAGGCACAUUGAUUCAAGUACAACGAUCUUGGAUGUUCAUGGUGUGGGUUUGAAAAACUUCACCAAGAGUGCACGUGAACUUAUUACACGACUCCAGAAGAUUGAUGGCGAUAAUUAUCCUGAAACUCUCCACCAAAUGUUUAUAAUCAAUGCUGGUCCAGGCUUUAGGCUUCUGUGGAAUACUAUAAAGAAUUUUAUUGAUCCGAAGACAGCUACUAAGAUUCAUGUUCUGGGAAAUAAAUACCAGAGCAAGUUGCUUGAAAUAAUAGAUGCCAGUGAACUCCCGGACUUCUUCGGUGGAAUGUGUACAUGUGCAGAUCAAGGGGGUUGCCUUCGCUCUGAUAAAGGACCUUGGAAGAACCCAGACAUAUUGAAGAUGGUCCUUAAUGGUGAAGCACGACGUGGCAGGCAGGUUGUUAAAAUUAUCAACAGUGAGGGGAAAGUAGUGUAUGUCAAGCCUCAUCGCCCCACGCUAAGAGGAAGUGAUACUUCUACGGCAGAGUCUGGUUCUGAAGCUGAGGAUAUUGCUUCGCCAAAAGCCACUAGAAAUUAUUCACACCUCCGGCUGACUCCUGUUCGUGAGGAGGCAAAGGCUAUGGGGACAGCUGGCUAUUUUGGUAACUUUGCAGGAUACGAUGAGUAUGUUCCCAUGGUCGACAAGGCAGUUGAUUCUGGAUGGAAGAAGCAAACAACCCCUGAAAGGCUCAAUAUUUCUAAAGAGAAGCUUCCAUCACCUGAUUCUCGCAAGGCGCCAGAAUCACUUUAUGCUCGAAUUUUGGCAGCUCUUAUGACCUUUUUCACAGCCCUUUUCUUGUUUUUCCAUUCUACUAUUGGAAAGAAACUUCAAUAUGAGUCAACACAGCAAACAAUUCUAGAAUCGGAUUCGGACACAAUUCCCAUGUCAACAACGGCAGCUGCUAUUGACGCAGAACUCCUAUCUUCAGUCCUGAAGAGGUUGGGCGAGCUUGAAGAGAAAGUUACCAGUCUUCAAGAAAAGCCAUCUGAGAUGCCCUAUGAGAAAGAGGAACUGCUAUAUGCUGCUGUUUACCGAGUUGAUGCACUAGAAGCAGAGUUAAUUGCCACCAAGAAGGCUCUGCACGAGGCUUUGAUGAAGCAAGAGGAGCUGCUUGCUUAUAUAGACGGUCAAGAAGAUGCUAAAUACCGAAAGAAGAAAUUUUGCUGGUGAGAUAAUGUGUUCGUUCCAUUUGGAGAUUUCAUCGUUGAAUUCAUCUUCUGCUGUAUGACUGUAUCAGAUGUCUAAGUUUAACCUACAUGGAUCUGAGUUGUAAUUUGACGACUGGUUUGAUGGUACAUACUUUAACUAAGGAAUUUUAUCAAACAUAUAAAGAUACAUAUUGUGGAGAUUCUGUUGAUGCGUGGUUUAGUGGGGUCUUUUUAGUUAGGUUUGAAGAUAUCAAUCUA